UACAAGUUCAACCCAGUGGCUCUGUUGCUGCAGCGUGAGAAACAGCCUUGACACACGGCCGGUUGCGGAACAACACAUAGGACACAAACUCACUUUCUCUGUUUUUGGGGGUAUAUUUGAGAGAAACUCAUCUGUAUUCCGUCCUUCUUUAUUAUUUUGAAUGAAAAAUAAACGUUUAUUUAAGUGAGAUAUAAAGCUGGUAAUAAUAGAGCAUCGCGGUGGGAUUGAAAAGGCAGGCGACAGGCGCUUCACUGAGUGAUUUGUUCUUUGGCUCUGGCGUUAUAGAUGGAGAGAGGGAGUGCAUAUCUCAGAGAUCGCUUUCUGAUAGCGCGUGUGGAUUGAGUGGAACUGCGGAAUUGAGGCGGAAGGCAUUAUUGUUGAUUCUAGAGGAAGAAUGAUGCGCAAAUCCAACGGGGAAAUACUACUAAAUGUUUUAUCUCUAAUUGAAAGGGGUUGACAUAGCCUACCUAAAUGGUGCAUUAGUAUACAUAUCAACUUGCCACGCAAUUGGUUACAUUGGGUAGUCUUAGUCUUAGUUUAUUGUAAAAUCGAAAGAAAUUGAAUAAUUAAUCUUGGCACGAUUAAAAUAAAACAAAUGUAUCAGGUCAAAUAAUGGGAAUUUAGCACCACUAUAACCAGUCUUAGUACUUUACACGAGUAGGCAUUUAUUUAUCCUCUAUUGGAAACUAAUUUAAAUAUUUGGGAUUUUGAAGAAAUGGCAAUAAACACUGACACUGAAUUCGAGAAAUCUAACCUGGGAGAGAGCGGCGGCGCGCCCGCCAACGAGUCUCAGGAGACCGAGAAACUUCUCAGCCCCAUGACCACCGAGCCUGCUGGCAGCAACCGUAUGAAAAUGUCCUCCUCCUUCACCAUCAACGUGGGGAGCGAAAAGAACCUGGAUGCGGACCAGAACGGCCACAGUGUGCCCUUUAGGUCGGGUUCUGCAGGGCACCUGGCCGCUGCACCCCCCUCCCCAUCACGGGUCAGUUUGAGUCGCAGUUGCACCUCUUCCAUCGGGAACGCCGCGGUCCAAGAGGCGCAAAAGCCCAAAGACUAUCUCAUACUGGUCAUAUUGUCCUGCUUCUGCCCUGUCUGGCCCGUCAGCAUUGUUGCUUUGGUAUAUUCAAUUAUGUCCAGAAACAGCCUGCAGUCGGGAGACAUGGACGGAGCUAAGAGACUGGGUAAACUGGCUCGACUUCUCAGUGUCACUUCCAUAAUCCUGGGUGUGCUCAUCAUAGUUGUCUACAUAACAGUCUCUACAACCAAGUGACCAGUGUAUAGACCAUGAAACAAGAGCACUGCUGCAAGCCAAGCAGAGGAUGCAGCAUGGAAAAAAUCAUAAAUUCCGUUGAUUCCGAGAUGAAAAAUAGAAAAUCAUCAUCACCUGCUCCACACUGUAAUUAGGAUCAAGGCAAACAAUUAAGAAGUUUAAAGAAGAGUAGGAAAUACAGUAGCAAAUGAAUCAAACAAACAAAAAAGAUCCAGAUAUGCAUGCGUUAGAUUCCAGUAACAUUUGCUUGACGAAGAAAAAUAAAAUCUUUGAUAUAAAAAGUGUAUUUUAAAAGAACGUUGGACGAUUGACUUUAGGUUUGAGGGAUUCUCAUUGGAUUCUCUGUGGAAUAAAAAUACUCUUAAGAUGAAGAAGAGAGGGAUGAACAAAGGAAUAAAGUGAUACAAACUUUUCUGUAUCAAGAAUGGAAGGAGACCUUGAAAAUGGACUCCAAGCUUUGGACUACAAACAUCAAGACAGCUGAAUAAUAACCUGAAUAUAUACCUGGUUGACCUGACCUCCUGCAUUGAAAGCAUAUACAACAAUACAGAUAUAUUUGCAAUAUAAAUAUAUAUAGAUGAAUAUAUCCAUUUACAUUUUAUAAAAAUUGUGUAUGUUGGGCUGAGCUGCGAUGAUUGAGACUUAAGUUAAGAUGGCUGCCAGACCGGCAGUGGCUGUCGCCUGAUAUAGUUUCCCGAAGAGUGUAGUAUUUGACCAGGGAACACAAUUCAGAGAAGAUGUUUUUGAAUUUAUGUUGUUUAUUUUGUAGAUUUUUUUUACAAAAAACAGAGACCACUUGCAUGCAACCUUUUUCAUUUUGUUUGUGAAUUCCUAUUUGUUUGUCUGUGUUUUUACAUUGGGAUCAAACGAGCAAGUUGCUUAGAGACUUUGGAGAGUGAAUUGUACAUAAUGUGAGCGUUUCGGCCCCAUGUGGGUUGACCGUGGGUAAGGACUCCAUAGAAACAGAAAACCCCCUCCCCCUUUCUUCUACCCCCCUCUCCAACCCUCCUUUCCCCUGCCUUGCUGUGGGAGGGGUCUGACUAUAUUGAUGUGCAUGCCUACCCUCCCCAUCCCCACAACCUCUCUCCAAACAUCCAUGCCAGAGGAUGGGCAUAAGUCUGAAGAUAUGCAAUUUGUCAGAACCAUCACUCUCCCCUUACCCACUGCCCCCCUAGCUCCCACUCCAACUCCAACCUACCCUACCGCAGUACCUUGCCUCAUUACCUGGACUGUUAAUGUAACUUGUUUCACAGAAUUUAUUUUGUAGUACUACAGAGAACAACACAAAUCCUUAACCUAUUGCCACCCUGCUGUAUCGGUAUGACGUAUUUAUAUGAAGAAUAUAUAUGCAAUAUUAUAUAGGCAUGCUUUGGGCUAAACAGUACCCAGGUUUGUGUAUGUCCCGCUGUAAUGUUAAAGGAACAUUGUUUUGAGGUUUGAUUAAUUGAUUGGCAGCAGUUAUCUCUGUACAUGUACUGUAGCACACCAAUUUGUCUGUAUUCAAAUGUGCCUCCAUGCCAUCUGGAAUAAGUCACACAGUUAGUUCAGAUCCAACUAUGGUAACACAACAAAGGACUGUUAUAUUGACACACUUCAGAUGUUUACUGCAAGGUCAUAACACCUCUUAUAAAACCUUCAUAACCACUACAUAAUAUCUGGCCUCAAUUUAAAAUCUUCAAAGAGAUAUGAAGUGAUUGAUAAAGCACCUGUAAUUGGUGAAAUGGGUCAUCAUAUUAACAUUUUCUAGGUCUCCUUUAGAGGAUUAAAACUAUGAACACCUACUGGUUAAUUCCUUGCUGAAUAAAAACCAAUACUUCCCCUGUAUAAGCAUGCAAAGCACUUGAUCAAUCCAGAUCUAACCCAAAGCGAGCAUUGACAAACCAUUUCCAAUCAGAAAGUCACAGCAAUUAAAACCUAAAAAUUCUGACAAUAUAAUGUUAACAUUUUUGGCAUCUGUACUGUAUUUCUAGAAACAACAAAUAUAGCAAAUAGAAAUAGGACCACAGCUGGUGAAUGACUCAACAUGGUCACGAUGUUUAAAGGCACUGAACUCAAGACAGCCUUACAGUACAUAUUUGGGUAUGAUAACCAAAAGGACAGCAAGUUUAAGUUGUUAUACAAGUUAUAUUGUACAGUAGGAAGCUCCUGCAGCCACAAUGUGCUUCACUGGACAGAUGGGCUGAAGAGACAUCCCUGUCUAAAGAGCUCUAAUGUCUAUCUCUGGGCAACAGGCAUGGCUCAGUCUGGAAACUUCUCACACAAACUAACUUCCCACACACACCUAAAGGGCUUUUAGAAACCUGAUUUAGGGGAGAAAGUAGAUGGCUGUUCUUAUUUCAUACAGUAAGAGCAAAUGGCAGAGAGAGAGAGAGAGAGAGGGUGACCGAAAUAGAGCAGGGGAGAUUCACUGACUCAGUCUGCCAUUGAAGAGCCAAAAUUCAACUUGAUUCCCAUAAGACACAUUUUAAUGGUAAUUUCUCUGUUAUCACUUGAAGUAUCACACUCACCUUCCACACUGUUCUAUCACAUACUUCACCUGACCAUAUUUCUGCUGCGAGAUGCAUACGUGAUGUUCUGUGUCAGUAAAACAGUGACUUUCUAUUCAUGUCCUGAUUUUUUCCCCUUUGGAUAGCAUAUGUAUAUGCUGGUUUCCAUCUCUCUGUUGUGAACAUUCUGCAUGUCUGGAAUAAACGUUACCAUGCAUGGUC